CGCAAGCAGUGUAUAUCGAGUUUUCGAGAGAGAGAACGAGAUAUGUAGCGGAAGAGAGGGAGCGAAGAGCUGUAUAUGUCUGCGAGGACAGGGGAAGCCAACGAAGAGGGAUGACCGAAAGAAAUGUUGACAGUCACUUGUCAUCUGGUCUUCCCCCGGCUUCUGCCAUAGCUUUGAAGAGUUUCUACUUUGUCUCUUGCAAGCGGGCGCUACGAUGCUGGGAGCGAAUAUAGGCAGAAGAAAGUUGAAUUGGAAAAGUUUGAAUGUAUUGGGGUUAUGGAUACUACAGAGAAAGCAGAGUAUAGCGUCAGUGUCUUCAUCAUCCUCAACAGCCAAAGCGCCCCUUGAUAUGGCGGCGAAAGAUGGUGAGCUACGAGUUUUCAUUGUCGCUGGUGAGGUUUCUGGGGAUUCUAUUGCUUCCCGUCUCAUGGCUUCUUUGAAGAAUCUGUGCCCUUUUCCUGUCCGUUUUGCUGGUGUUGGAGGGCAUAAGAUGUCCAGUGAAGGAUUGAAAUCGUCGUUUCCUAUGGAGGAUAUCUCAGUAAUGGGAAUAUGGGAACUGCUGCCUUAUCUGUAUACAAUCAGAGUUAAAUUGAAGGAAAUUGUAGAGGCAGCAGCUAAAUUUGAUCCUCAUGUUGUAUUGACAGUUGACUCAAAGGGCUUUUCUUUUCGGUUUUUGAAGCAGUUAAGAGCUAGACACAAUCAGAAAAAGUUGCCUUCACCAGUACACUUCCACUAUGUCGCACCAUCAUUUUGGGCAUGGAAAGGAGGUGAAGCAAGACUACCUGGGCUAGCAGAAUUUGUGGAUCAUCUCUUGUGCAUACUUCCAAAUGAGGCUGAAAUUUGUAAAUUAAAUGGUUUAGCUGCAACCUUUGUUGGGCAUCCUAUGAUAGAAGAUAUUCUAGAGUUGAAUUUGAGAAACAAAUCACCUGCCCUUGAACUGAGGGCUGAAGGAAGCGGUGAAGAUUUCUGUAGCAAGCAUGCAGUGCCCUCAGAAGCCACUGUCAUCAGCGUGCUUCCUGGAAGCAGAGUACAAGAAGUCACCCGAAUGCUACCAAUCUUUGCAAGCACAGUGGAGCUACUGAAAGAGACAUUUCCUCAGUUGAUGACCGUCAUUCAUGUUGCAUCCAAUCUGCAUGUGGAAAAUUACAUUGCUGCUGCGGUUCAUAAAUGGCCUGUUCCUGUUAUAUUGAUUCCAGGGGGAUCAACAAACCUAAAAUAUGACGCUUUUAGUGCAAGCAGAGUUGCAUUAUGCACAUCUGGCACGGCAGCUUUAGAGCUUCAGCUUGCACGUUUACCUUGUGUUGUUGCAUAUCGAGCACAUAUUUUGACUGAAUGGUUUAUUCGGUGCAAAGCAAAGAUACAAUACAUUUCUCUGCCGAACAUUCUCUUAAAUUCAGCCAUUAUUCCUGAAGCGCUUUUUCAAUCUUGUUCACCUGGGAACCUAGCUUCAUUGCUCAAGAAUUUAAUGCAUGAUAACAGAUGUCGAGAGGAGCAAAUAGUUGCAGCUGAAAAGGUUUUCAAACUUCUGUGCCCGUCAGAGAGGAUAGUGCAUAACUUUUCACAAGGAAGUUUGAUAAAUCUUGACUACACUCCAAGUAUAGUUGCAGCACUCACCAUAUUAAAUCAUGGAAGGCAGAAUUCCGUCAUAGAUUAAGGAAAGCCAUGAUGAACAGUUUUUCUGACUCAGAUUGGGGUGAAAUUAUACUGGGCUCGGCCAUGUUCAAGCUUGGCCUGGUGCCCAAUCACAUAUUGGGCUGGAUUGGCUAAUCUGGGUUAGUUGGGCAUUCUCCAUUUUUUUAAAAACUUUGAAUGAUUUAAAGGAAGUUGAGCACUCAUAUUUUUGUACCUAGUGGAUUAUUUUGAGCUUAUGAUUGUUUA